CCGGCAAAGCUACCUCGGGUGGUUAUGGCGGCCUUCAGAGUUCAGAUGUCACUGUGGAAGUUCUUGAUGGGCUCUCGCGGCCUGGAGCCAGUCUGUAACCAGGCCGUAACCCAGCUUAAGCCGAGUGCUCUGUUACAGCCGCUGCCGCUACCUCUUGCAGUGGGGCUGCCACGCCGUUGGCUUAGCUCCGGUGCUGCAGAGUCUGAUACCUCAAAGAUCAAGAAACCUACAUUUAUGGAUGAAGAAGUUCAAAACAUCCUUAUCAAGAUUACAGGCUUAAACUUGGAGAAGAUUUUUAAGCCAGCUAUACAAGAGCUGAAGCCACCAACCUAUAAACUAAUGACCCAGGCACAGCUGGAAGAGGCUACCAGAGAGGCAGUUAAAGCAGCUAAAGUACGAUUAAAAAUGCCACCAGUUCUGGAAGAACGAGCACCAAUAAAUGAUGUGUUAGCGGAAGACAAGAUUUUGGAAGGGACAGAAAUGGCCAAAUAUGUGUUUACUGAUAUAUCAUACAACAUACCACACCGGGAGCGUUUUAUUGUUGUAAGAGAACCAAGUGGCACACUACGCAAAGCUUUUUGGGAAGAACGGGACCGGGUGAUACAAAUUUAUUUCCCCAAAGAAGGUCGUAGAGUUUUGCCACCAAUAAUUUUCAAGGAAGAAAACCUUAAGACUAUGUAUAGCCGGGACCGACAUGUUGAUGUCCUUAAUCUUUGCAUUGCCCAGUUUGAGCCAGAUUCUACUGAGUACAUCAAGAUUCAUCACCAGACUUAUCAAGAUAUUGACAAACAUGGAAAAUACGACCUUUUACGUUCAACAAGACACUUUGGUGGAAUGGCUUGGUAUUUUGUAAAUAAGAAAAACAUUGAUGGUUUGCUGAUUGACCAGAUUCAGAGAGACUUAACUGAUGAUGCUACCUGCUUGGUCCAGCUGUACCACAUGCUCCAUCCAGAUGGUCCAUCAGCACAAGAGGCCAGAGAGCAGGGUGCUGAGGGAAUACAUUUAAUUAAGGUCUUUGCAAAAACAGAAGCACAGAAGGGUGCAUAUAUAGAAUUAACACUUCAAACAUAUCAAGAAGCAUUCAUUAGCCAUUCUGCAGCUUCCUGAAAAUAUUUUUAAGUUAUGUUUCAUUUUACAAAAACCUGUUUGUCUCCUUCUUAGUGUUAAGGUAAAUAUUUUAAAAAAUGACAGAAAUAAAAGGUACUGAUUUAGAGUUUUC